AUAAAUACAUGCAUGAAUACAUUUAUAAAUAAAUGUAUUACCAAAUAACCAAAUGAUUUAAAAGUGCAAUUAGAAGAAAAUAUCAAAAGGUUUGUGUAAAUAUUCAACUCUUGAUUUUAGUUUUACUGUAUUUUUGUUCCAACUUUUCUUAAAAAGAGGGUUGUACUUUCUACAAAUGUUUUUUUAUGCUUUAGGAAUUGAGGUUGAACAUUCAAGAGUACCAGGGGACUUUUGUUUUGCUCUGGUCUCACGAGUUGCAACAUAAAUCAACACAAUAUAAAUCAGCAGUAUGAUGAAGACCUUGGAUCGUCUCCUCUCUCUCUCUCUGAACAUGGAGGCUCUGGAGGAACCUGAACUCUGUUUUCCCCACAUCAACACCUCGUGCAGGAGGACAAGGCGUCCUUACAUGGAAACCACGCUCAUGUACAGUGUGCUGUCCUGCAUCAUUGUGCUCACUGUGAUUCUUAACCUACUGGUCAUCAUCUCUAUCUCCCACUUCAGGCAGCUCCACACCACCACCAACCUCCUCCUUCUCUCUCUGGCUGUCUCUGACUUCCUCAUGGGGCUCCUGGAGAUGCCACUUCAUCUCCACUAUCAAGGCUGCUGGAUCCUUGGUGACCGAAUGUGUGCUCUAAAUAUCUUUUUUAGUUUCCUACUUGUCAGUGUUUCAGUGGGAUGCAUGGUGCUCAUAGCGAUCGACCGCUAUAUAGCAAUUUGUAACCCCAUGUUUUACACCACCAGAGUCACUCUGACCAGAGUUAAACUCUGUGUUUGUCUGUGUUGGAUAUUUUCUGGUGUACAUAGCAUUUGGAUGUUAAGGGAUUUGUUAAAACAGCCUGACAUAUUUAGGUCCUGCUACGGAGAGUGCACAGUUGUUGUCACUUUUGCUGAAGGACUUGUUGAUCUUAUUGCCACCUUUUUAGGCCCAGUUUUAAUUAUUGCAAUUCUCUAUUCCAGAGUGUUUGUGGUGGCUGUGUCUCAGGCUCGAGCCAUGCGCUCUCACAUCGCAGUUGUCACAGUGGAGCGUUCUCAGACUGUAAAAGCUAAGAAAUCUGAGAUUAAAGCAGCCAGGACUCUCGGUAUUGUAAUUAUUGUUUUUCUUCUCUGCUCAUGUCCAUAUUAUAGUUUUGCUGUUGCAGCUGAAAGUAACUCGGUCGGGGGGUCAACUUCAGGCAUUGAGAUUUGGUUAAUGUACAUAAACUCUAGUCUUAAUCCUAUAGUUUAUGUAUUUUUCUACCGGUGGUUCAGAAAAACCAUUAAAUAUAUUGUUUCACUUCAGAUACUGCAGCCUGGCUCCCGUGAUGCCAGUAUACUAUAGGGAGAGAGAGAGAGAGAGAGAGAGGGAGAGAGAGAGAGAGAGAGAGAGAGACGGUGCAGAAUGUUCUAGAUUGACACUGAAUUUGUUAAAAUAUUAAAUUUACAUCGUUAGCACUCUAUAAAUGUCUUCGAUAAAGACAUGUUUUAAUCCAGGGAAUUUCAUAAUGUUAAAAAAAAGAGAGAUUAUGGAACUGCUUUUUGGUCAUAAUGAGAAAAUGAAUUUUUUAUCACCAUGUCUAAACCAUUGGAAAUGUUAUCCCCAGUCACCACCAUCGUCACUGUCAUUGUCUGUUUCUCAUUUACUAAAUAAAACAAAGCCAUUAGAGCCAACAGUAAUUCAAAUGACUGAAACUACAAGUGUAAUGAUAAAAUAAGUAUAUAUUUUUAACCGUCCCUAAUCCUAUACUGUGAAAGUAAGUAGUAGGUAUAGAUUUACUUUAGUUUAGUUUACUUUAGCUUUUUGAUUUUAAAUCAGUUUUGCUCAUAUAAAUGGCCAUUAAUGGAAUCUAUGCUCUGGGGGAGGGAUGUUAAAAAUAG